AUGACAUCUGCACAGUUUGUCCUCUAUCUUACGUGUUUGUUCUUGGGGAAAAUGGCCCAAAUGACUGAGGUGAAAUUCUCUUCAUCUGUUCGUCAAGAUACACGUUUUAUAUCAGUUAAAACUGGAGACAACUUGACUUUGCACUGUUUCCGUGAGAUGAUUGCUUCAAGGUAUUACUGGUAUAAACAGACUCUGGGCCAAAAACUAAGACUCAUCUCUUCCUUCUACAAGUUUGACAAAAAUGGAACUUUUCAUGAUGAAUUCAAGAAAGACACACGCCUCACACUGGAUACUGGAGUCGGUAAAAAUCAUUUGAAGAUAACAGAUCUGCAUAUUUCAGACUCAGCCACUUACUACUGUGCAAGUAGUUAUUCAUACAAGUUUGUAUUUGCAGAGGGCACUACUGUCAGUGUAAAGGAUUUAGGUUUGAACAUCCAGGCUUUGGUCCAUCAGUCAGAAUCUGAGACCAUCCAGCCAGGAGGCUCUGUGACUCUCAACUGUACAGUACACACUGAGACCUGUGAUGGAGAACACAGUGUUUACUGGUUCAAAAGCUCUGAAGAAUCUCAUCCAGGACUCAUUUACACCCAUGGAGACAGGAAUGAUCAGUGUGAGAGGAAACACAACACACAAACACACACCUGUGUCUACAACUUGCCAAUGAAAAACCUGAGUCUUUCUCAUGCUGGGACCUACUACUGUGCUGUUGCCUCAUGUGGACACAUACUGUUUGGAUAUGGCACCAAGCUGGACAUUGAGGUUGAAGGAGGCUCUCUUGUCUUGGUGUAUUUCUUGAGUGGAGCUUUGGCAUUUACCACCAUCCUGAGUGUUUUACUGACUUUCUUAAUAUGUUUCAUCAACAAGAGAGACAGCUGCAAAUGUGCAGAGUCUCAUGCAAGAUCACCAGCCCCCUCUACAAUGAAUACAGAGGCUCAGGAAAAUGAAGAAAACAUCCAUUACGCAGCUUUAAGGGAACACAGGGUCGACAGGUCUAGAAGACAGAGGAACAACACCAAGGCUGACUGCGUGUACUCAAGAAUAAAGCUGUAGAGCUGUUUCUUUGUAACAAGACACACCUUUUAUCCGUGUUUCUAAGCAGCCUUAAAAGACACUGAGGUUGUGAUAUCAAUAUUUUCUACUUGUGACUAUGCUUCUUUAGAUAUAAUUUACUGUUUUUGUUGAAUCAUGUUAAACUUUGUCACUGGGGCAGAAAAAUCAAGAGUCUGACACAAACGGUGACUGUGUUUGAUAAAAGAAGAGAGGAAACAGAGGAAGAGAGAGUAGUAUGACAGAGAAAGCUACAGUAUGAUAUGGUAUAAGGUAUGACAGAUAAAGCAGGUACAGCACUACAA